AUGUCUGCAAGUCCUCAUCCACCCCGAUUUAAGUUCAAGUCUUUUGCCCGGUACCAAGAUCGAUAUGAGUCGGUAACCGCGAUAUACUAUCCCAACGGCUGGAAGUCUUCAACUUACUGCCGGUGGUGGGUCAAGAUCAUGAUCAAGUUGAGCUGGGGCGCAAGGUCCCCGUCACCAGACUAUGACCACGGGCUACGAUCCCAAACCCAACUGGAAGAACUUUUCAAAGCGAUUGACCUUGACCAAAUCGAACUUCUCCGUGACACAGUCACGAAGAUCACUUUCGAGCCAACUGCCUUUACCUUGGAUCCGAUCUUCAUCCCAAUCCGAGAGGGAUUCAAUAACCAUGAUAACCCCUACAUUGCGAGUCUUCCUGAAAUGACAUACGAAAUUGAGGAGGAUGAAAGACGGAUUCAGCACCCGGCGAUCGAUCAGGUCCAGAUCUCGGAUAUUCCACUAUUCGAGAACAGUCGUGAUCUUAAAUGUUUUGGUUGUAUCGAUGAAUCGGUAUUUAAAGUUCAAAUCGGGGAACAGGACUACAUCUACAAGUCGAUCAUGGGUGUGCACUUUGAACCUGAGGAUACGCAGAAUUUCCUAGACGAGAUUGCAGUUCUUGCCAAAUUUCGAGGAUACCCCAAUAUCGCACAAAUUGCUGGGUUGGUAAAAUCAAAAGAUCCAUACACAACCGAUCGAAGCGCCGAAAUACCGUCAGUUCUCACUGGCUUUCUACUCGAAUACUCUCCCGGAUGUACACUUCAGGAUCUCAUUAGCGACCCAGAGGAAUGGCAACCUGUGGAUGGCUUACAGGUAAUGAAAUGGGCCAUACAAAUUGGAACAGCACUCGAAUCGAUGCAUAAGAAUGGAUGUACUCAUAUCGGCCUCAAACCGCAAAAUAUCAUGAUUGAUGAAGAUGAUAAUGCCGGGGGAUUUGACUUCCAGUGGAAUUGGCUAGGAGUAACCAAGCCCGGGAGUCUUGACUUUGACUCAGAGGAGAAUGCCCUCCUCGUGGAUGUCGGAGGAACAGGUGAAUUUGACCGGAAUUGGUUACCCUGGGAGAUAACAUCUCGCUUCCAAGUUUGGGAUCCUGAGAACACCCUGGCGAAGUUACCGUUUGAGAGAAGGGUUGCUCUGGAUUGCUGGACAUAUGGGAAGUUACUCUCAGUACUGGUGCCAGAAGGCGCUCCUGCGGAUGUUCUGGAAAUGGUCGCCAGUGGCCUGAUGACAAUGGACCCUGGAGUUCAAAGCUCUUUAAGUGAUUCUCUCGCUAUCCUCAAGAAAAACAAGCACGAAAUGGAGAAUUGGAUAUAA